UACCGCGUCGCUUGAUAACAUUACAAAAUAAAAUCAGUUUUUUUUUUCUAGCAACAGUUUGUAGUCUUCAUUUUGAUGAUGAUUGCUUUUAUAUACAAAACACACAGUCAGCAAAAGAAAUACGACGACUGAAAGUAAGUUCUAUUCCUACCAAAAUGUUAAUUCUGGGAAACACAAGAAAAAAAAGGACAUGCAAUAGUCAUGUGAAAAUCACAAACAAGAGAUUGAAAAUACCAGGCGUUCCUUCCUACUCUGAUCUCUUGCAAUUUAAUGAAAGAGAAGGUAUUUAUGUAAGAAAUGAAACACAAGAAGUAAAAGAGACUUCCAUAAGAAAUGAAAGAGAAGGAGAAGGGAUAGAGAAAGAAGCUUGUCCAUUAACAGGCGAAAAAGAAGUACCAGGCGUUCCUUCCUACUCUGAUCUCUUGCAAUUUAAUGAAAGAGAAGGUAUUUAUGUAAGAAAUGAAACACAAGAAGUAAAAGAGACUUCCAUAAGAAAUGAAAGAGAAGGAGAAGGGAUAGAGAAAGAAGCUUGUCCAUUAACAGGCGAAAAAGAAGUACCAGGCGUUCCUUCCUACUCUGAUCUCUUGCAAUUUAAUGAAAGAGAAGGUAUUUGUGUAAGAAAUGAAACACAAGAAGUAAAAGAGACUUCCAUAAGAAAUGAAAGAGAAGGAGAAGGGAAAGAGAAAGAAGCUUGUCCAUUAUCAAGCGAAAAAGAAAACCAUAAUUGUGUGAUAGAAAUAAACCAAAAUGACAAUGAGGAAAAUGUUUUUUUAAAUACAUUAUUGGAACUAUUCAUAAAGUCUGAAGAAAAGAAUAAGAAAUUUUUAAAAGAAAAUCGGGAAUUAUUGAAAAUAAAUCAGCAACUAAACGAACAAGUACAAACAUUACAAACAAGCGUAAUACAACAUGAGGAAAUACAAACAAAUUUACGAAAGGAAGCUAACACUGCCAUCAAUGCUUUAUCAAAAAUAUGUACGCCAGGACAAAUAAGACGUUUAACGUCACCGCAUAACGUCCGUACAAAAUGGUCAUCGGAAGAUAUAGUAUCUGCUAUAGCUCUGCGAUCUUUGAGUCCGAAAGCAUAUAGAUAUCUUCGGAAUGUGAAAAAGGUUCCUUUACCUUGUGAAACAACAUUGUACGAUUGGAUUGAAGUCUUUAUUUUGGCACCUGGUAUUUUAAAAGAUGUCUUAAAAAUAAUGGUUGAUAUAGGAAAUGAUCUUACCACAGUGGAAAAAUUAACAGUCAUUACUUUCGAUGAAAUAUAUAUAAGUAAUAAAUUGGAUUUGGCACGAAAGGAACAAAAAAUUUACGGAUCGUACAAAACAUGCCACUAUUACAUGUGA